AUGUCAUUUAUGAAGCCCAUUUCAUUGGCCUCAGCCAACGUGGCCAAGAUCACUGUACAAAAGCGCGCAUUGGCAACAGCAACCAACAUAACCCCUCAAGUUUCACCAUUUCCAAAACAUGUUGAAGCAUUCGUCCGCGAUUUCAAAACAAGUGAACCAUUAUCUAUUAUGAACCUCGAUCGAGAAGUUUUCGGUGCACCUUUACGACGAGAUAUUUUGCAGCGCGUGGUUAUAUGGCAACGGGACGGUAUGCGACAGGGCACGCAUUCAGCAAAGGGACGAUCGGAAGUUGCUGGCACUGGUAAAAAGGCAGCACCACAGAAGGGUCGAGGCAAAGCUCGUGUGGGUGACAUGAAGGCACCCCAUUUCCGAGGAGGUGGCGCUGCAUUUGGUCCCAAACCAAGGGAUCACAGCACGGAACUUCCACGCAAAGUACAAGUACUGGGUCUACGUGUGGCAUUAAGUACAAAGUACGCACAAGAUCAGCUGACUGUUGUGGACAGCCUGGAUGUGCUGGACAGCAAGAAGACGCGUGAAUUUAAUCACAUCCUGACGCAAACCCACGGCAACGACGAUGAGCCGUCGACCAUGUUGAUCGUCACCAAUGACUUUAAUGAGAACCUCGAGUUGGCUGCUCGCAACAUUCCCAGAUGUGAAGUUAUCUACGUGGAGGAGACAAACGUGCUGGACUUGCUGACCUAUGACAAGGUGGUCAUCGAAAAGAGUGCAGUGGAGACCUUGGAAUCUGUCUUAGGCUCAGCAUAG